AUGUACUACAGACACGCCGAAGACAACGCGACACGUGACACGCCGAUUAGCUCUCAACGCACCGUUGUGGAGUUCUCGGCGGGGGCUCACACUGCUGCUGCGUCGACAGCGGAGUGGCCGUGGGGUCUUCUCUUAUCCGACAAGCAUCACGUGCUUUGCCCGUCGGACAGGCAGCGCAUCACAGUAGGGCGUUCGCCCGAGUGCGACAUCGUCGUGGAGGACCCGCGAGUCAGUGCUGUCCACUUCGCCCUCAUCCGUUCCAUUGAGGUGCGUGUGCCGCCGUCUGGUGGGCAGGGCCAUAUGCACCACCGCACUCGGCUUCGUCAGCUCCACGAGCUGUCGGACCCCGCGAUGGCGCCGCGGGCUUCGCCCAGCAGCUGCGCUUCUACACAACUGCACAACGAUGUCGCAGGUGAAGUCACGGGGACGCCACAUCACAGUGUGGCGGAGGUUAAGGUGUAUCUUGAAGAUCUCAGCAGCAACGGCACAUAUGUGAAUGACACAAUAGUGGGAAGGGGCCGUUGCUGCCAGCUGCAGAGUGGGGAUGACAUUGGUGUGAUGGCCCUUCCGUCCAAGAUAUCUCGUGCUGAGGUGGAUGCAAACGGUUUGCAACGGGUAAGGGAUGUCGCGUCCGCUAUCCCAGUGAGUGAGGUGGCGCUUUUGGCAAAUCUACCACAAAGCCGAUCGUACGUGGAAAGGUUUUGCUUUCAGGCCUAUCAGCCGCAUGACAUCGGCGCAGCGCACGGCCCUGUGGAACGGCGGCAGCAGAAAAAGACGAAGCGGCUGAGUCCGUGCGGGGACUUGGCACUCCUUCAGAGGUCCACGCUGGCGCCGCAUCGUCCGCUCCGCUGGCAGAAGGGUAGCCCCAUCGGGCGUGGCGCAAGCAGUGUUGUGUAUGCUGUUAUAGACGUGUAUACUGGUCGGAUGUACGCGAUGAAAGUUUUUCGACGCGCCAACGGUUCCUCCACGUCGAGACGUGCCUCCCCUGAAAUGUGUAGCGGCUCUUCAUGGCAGUCCGAAGCGAGAUCAAGGGAGCUGUUGUCUUCUGUUGAUUGUCCUCAAGAGUUGAAUGAUGGCACUCAUGGGUGUAUUGCCGAAGUUGAUGAAUCCCUACGAGAGUUGUACUUUCUCACCUACCUCGUGCACCACCGUAUUGUGCAGUGUGUCGGGGUGCAACGGAUCCCUGAGGGGGUGUGUAUAAUUUUGGAGUACGUUGCUGGUGGAACGUUAAGAGAUCUUAUUAGAAACUUUGGGGCCUUUGAUGAACGCGUCAUUCGUCUCUAUACACUGCAGGUGCUUCAGGGCAUGGAUUACCUUCAGGGGCGAGGCGUAGUUCAUGGUGACCUCAAAUGUGCCAAUGUACUCAUGUCUGAGAGGGGGAGUCUUAAAAUUACCGAUUUUGGUACAAGUCGGUUUGUGCAAACCACCUACGCUUCAGAGAUCAAUGAGGGGAAUCGUCAAUGGGGACUUGGCUCUCGAUCGUCUCACGGCGCCGAGAAGACACUAUGUGGAACACCAAUCUACAUGAGUCCAGAGCUUAUCAAGUCGCAGGAGUCCACCUUUGCCUCGGACGUCUGGGCGUUGGGAUGCAUGGUGUACGAAAUGGCAAUGGGCGUCCCUCCGUGGGAGGAGCUGCACGGCCUGCCGCCGCAUACUGUUGUGUGGAGCAUUGGCAGAGCAAUGGAGGGGCCGAGUUUGGCGCGUCUGCGUCAGCACGGCGCCAGUCCCGCUCUGCUUAACUUCCUUGAGUGCACCCUUCACAUAGACCAUCAUCAGCGCCCGUCGGUGGCCGAGCUGUUGAAGCAUCCCUUCAUCUCUGGGCAGACACCGCUCUCCUGGUCUACGCCGCGCUCGAUGUUCCCUUCUACACCGCCAAAUUGGGGCCAGGGGGCGAGCCCACCUAUGCUACAGAUGCAGCCGGUGCGUAAGAUGGUCUGCGGCAAUUGUGAGGGUGGUGACGAAAAUGCCGUAUCACAUGAAGCUGAGGGAAAUCAUAGCUUCAAUGACAUGAUGGUGCUUGGCGGUGAUAGUAGCGAUCUCCAGCAGCAGCAGCAACUAGACCCGCAUUCAUUGCCAUUCCCCUCCGGUCGUCUAUCAUCAUUGGAUUUGGGGGCACCAAUGAUGGUGGCAGCACUGCCACAAUCUGAAGGGAUGAGCAAGGACAGAAAGACUGUAUCACCCACACCUCAUGCAACAGGAGUUGAGGAUCAUAAAGCCUUUGUCUAUGGUCUCUGCCGCAAGAAAAUAAUGGCAACUGAAGAUGCAGGUGAAGCGUUAGAAAGCUUGCGAAAAGGUCUGGGUGCAAACACACAAGGUAAUCGGUGUUUUCAGAAAUUGAGCCUAAAUGAUGCAGCUUGUUUGCACCGGAGGCGUAUUAGUAACAAUAAUAGCAGCAGCAGUGACGGUGCCGAGAGUGGUAACGCCAUCCGCCGAGGCGCUGAUUCAGCUGACGGCACCAUGCAACUCGGAGACUAUAGUGUUACAGCAGAUUUUUCGGGUCUGACGCAGCUUUUUAACGAUUAG